UUAUAUUCCUUAAAUAAAAAAAAUCUUUGGUUGAGAUAAACGAUAGUUUUGUAAGUUAUUUAGGACAUGUAAAACAAAUACAAAUGCCCACCCAGAAUAUGGUCAAAACUUCCAUGUGAGAUAAGACUGGGAUGGGCCGAUAUGGGUCCAUUUUGUGGUCCAAAUCGCGGGCGUCGCUGUCCGGCCGCGAACGGCCCACGCCAAGUACAUAGCGUCUACAGGUCAGUAAAUGAGCAGCCCAAAUCCGUCUCCUUCCUCCUCCUAGAUCCGGCCCAUCUCUCCACCGCCGUCUGGUACUCUGGUUCUGUCCCGCUCGACGGCGGCGCCCGGCGGCGAUACCGUGCUCCACCUCGCGGUCCGUCUCAGGUUACUAGGCCUCCUCCGCGCGCAGCAUCUCGCCACCUGGGUCCGGCGUCGGGCGCCGGACGCCCGCCCUCUCCGGCGCGCUGCCCCUAGUUGGCCACGCUCCGCGCUGCCCGUUCGCCGCCGGCGGCGGCAGCGGUUGCCCACGCGCGCGGCGGCCCGGGAGCGGUUGGCCGCAUCCGCAACCAGCAAAAGAGGGACGCGAGACGGGACGACCGAGGAGUCUGACACUUGGUGGGGCCCGCUCGCGUACGGCUCUCCUCACAGGCGGCGCAGCCUAUUCCACCACCGACGCCGAAGGCCGUACGCCCCCAAUCGAAUCGACCGCAUCCAUGCCGUCGAUCACCGGAGGUGGACGCGGGGGCCUCUUCUCGGUGCACCAGGGCGCGCUCUGGUGGCUCCGCCGUUGCCACAGCCCGCUCUUCUCGUCACUAGCCGGCGGAGGAGGCCGGGGCGACGCGCCGCAUCUUCCCGUACUCAUCGUCGGAGCUGGUCCAGUUGGGCUCGUCCUCUCCUUCCUCCUGACCAAAUUCGGGAUCAAAUGCACGGUGAUAGAGAAGAAUGUGGAAUUCACUAGGCACCCCCGAGCACACUUCAUCAACAACCGCACAAUGGAGAUCUUCCGCAAGUUGGAUGGUUUGGCUGGGGACAUUGAGAGGUCCCAGCCACCGGUAGAUUUGUGGAGGAAGUUCGUCUACUGUACUUCACUCUCCGGUUCCGUCCUUGGAUCGGUUGAUCACAUGAAACAGGAAGAUUUUGACAAGGUCAUUAGUCCUAUUUCCGUUGCACAUUUCUCGCAGUACAAGUUAGUCGAUUUGCUACUCAAGAAGCUUGAAGGAAUUGGUUUCCAGACAUGCUUUCCUGGUGAUACUGGCAACUCAACGCAAGAUCUGGUACUGGAAAGCAAGAUAUUGAUGGGACACGAGUGCACAUCCCUUCAGCAGACUGAUGAGGGCAUUCUGGUUGGAGUGUCAGUUAACAAUGGGGGGAGGAUAAUUGAGAGAAAGCUGCACUGUGGUCUUCUUCUAGGGACAGAUGGCGCAAGAAGUACAGUGCGUGAAUUGGCAGGUAUAUCGAUGGAAGGUGAAAGGGACUUGCAGAAACUGGUCAGUGUGCAUUUUCUUAGCAAAGAUCUAGGCAGGUAUUUGUCCAGUCAGAGGCCAGGGAUGCUGUUCUUUGUUUUUAAUCCAGGUGCAAUUGGUGUACUAGUUGCACAUGACCUGGAGAAUGGGGAAUUUGUAUUGCAGGUUCCAUUUUAUCCUCCUCAGCAGAUGUUUGAAGAUUUCAGCGCUAAGGUAUGUGAGCAAAUUAUUGUCAAGUUAGUUGGAUGGGAGCCAGCAGAUGUUCAUGUUUUAGACAUAAAACCAUGGGCAAUGCAUGCUGAAGUUGCAGAGAAGUACAUCUGCUGCAACAAUCGAGUAAUCCUUUCUGGUGAUGCUGCUCAUCGGUUUCCUCCUGCCGGUGGUUUUGGAAUGAACACUGGUGUCCAGGAUGCACAUAAUUUGGCGUGGAAAUUGGGCUUGCUGCUGAAUGGUGCCGCCUCUCCAUCAAUAUUACAAAGUUAUGAGUCAGAGCGCCGGCCUGUUGCAAUUUUCAAUACAAAACUUAGUGUGGAGAACUUCAAGGCAGCUAUGUCUAUUCCUGCGACCCUUGGCCUUGAUCCAACUAUUGCAAACUCAGUGCAUCAAGUUAUAAAUAGAAGCCUGGGAUCAAUCAUUCCGAGAAAUGUACAGAAGGCAGUUCUGGAAGGAUUGUUUUCCCUUGGUCGGGCACAAGUCUCAGACUAUAUCCUGAAUGAGAAAAAUCCCCUUGGGUCCUUGAGACUAUCAAGAUUGAGAAGUAUUCUUGAUGAAGGCAAAAGUCUUCAGCUGCAGUUCCCUGCAGAGGAUCUUGGCUUCGUCUAUGAAGAAGGUGCCCUUGUUCCUGAAGCUAGUUAUGAGAAGACUCAGGAAGGAGGAAAACUACAGCAUUCUAAGAGGGCAUCAAGAGAGUACAUCCCAUCUGCUAAGGUUGGUUCGCGGCUUCCCCACAUGCUAGUAAGAGGACUGCCUGCUUCAAGUGAGGGUAUGUUCUCAACGCUGGACCUAGUGAGUGGGGAUAAACUCGAGUUUGUUCUCAUCAUUGCACCAGUGAAAGAGUCAUAUGAGAUUGCUCGUGCCACCCUCAAGAUAGCAGAUGAGCUUAAGCUAUCAGCCAAAGUAUGCGUAAUGUGGCCAAGAGGUUCGACUGGUGCUGAAGUGGAAGAGAGCAGGUCUGAGUUGGCGCCCUGGACAAACUACAUCGAUGUUGAGGAAGUACCUAGGGUGUCUGGUAGUUCAUGGUGGGAGAUGUGUCGGAUUAGUAGGAAAAAUGUCCUUUUGGUUAGGCCUGAUGAGCACAUAGCAUGGCGAACAGAAUCGGACAGGGUCAGGGAUGCUGAAUCAGAAAUUAGGAGAGUAUUCUCUCAUGUUCUGUGCCUAAAUAGGUGUAAGAAUUUGUAAAUUUCCUUUCAUUUAGUGAUUGGGUUUACAUACAACAUCAGUGAAUUAGGAUAGCAAAUCAUUAUAUUUGACAAGUUACUCGCUAAAACCAAAUUUGGACUGAAUUCUGACAGACCAGAUGACUGCGGUUUUAGUUUAAUCGUGAGCCAAUGAGAUAAAUCAUGUAAAAGUAUUGCUGCUCGUUUAAUUUAAUCGCGCAUUAUUUUUCCUCUUCA